CCUUUUACCUUGGGAUUGGCGCAUAUUGGUGUUGUGUUUGUGUUAUUGUUUUUUUUCGAUGGAAGAUGACCUCUCCAAAUACCUAGAAUUCGGGGACACGCUCCUCAUCAUCCUCAGCAAGUCGAACCAAUGGCUCACGCUCCUUCACGUGUACCACCACGCCACCGUCGUCAUCAUGUGCUACCUCUGGCUCAGCACGGCCCACUCCCUGUUCCCGGUGGCGCUCGUGACCAUCGCGACAGUGCACGUGGUCUUCGGGCUGAUGUUGUACUACCAUUUCGUCAGCGGCAGGUGCUCUGGUAUGUGGGGGUGGUGCUUCAAUGUCGUUUUCGAUGCUUCGCUUCUGGCGCUUUUUGUUGAUUUCCAUUGGAAGAGCUACGUUGCUGCCGCGUAAGAAGAGGAAGGCCUCCGCGGCGGAGAAGAUUGGUUCAGGAGGCGGCGGUGGCGAUAAAGCUGGAAACACUUGCCUCCGGCGGUCCCUGCAAUCAAUUUUCCUCAGGCGAGAAGUAAAGAACCAAUUAAUGGCCCCAUUGGUCCGUUUCGUCCUAUUUGGUUUUAAUACAUUAGUUAUGUUAUUUGAUGUUAUUGGGUCUUUAAUGAUAUGUUACAAGUGAUUAAUGAGUCACUAAAGUGAUCCUUUUAUGGCGCUCUACGACCUUUAUGGUUGGUUUAUAUCUCAAUUAUGGAAUAGAAAGAAUUAAUUUAUGACUUUCAGAAUUAAUUUCUGGCUUUCAAAGUAUCAGUGGCGCAAACUUCAUCCUCAUCGGUAAAGCUUCCAUUGGAAUUUUAUGAGCAUUUACUUGUCCGAUUGAAAGACGCCCAUUAUUUCGGGUUGUGGUUAAAAACGUCAUUAAUUAAUAAUUAAUUCCAAUUCCUUUUGUGUUUAGCCAACAAUUAACUUAAUGAGUCAUUAGCUCAAUUUAUUAGAAUUGAUGACAUUUCCUUCAAUUCAUUUAAAUUUGAGGCCCAUCGGCAGUAGAAUGUGAAUUCUAAAACUCAAUUUUUGGUUUCUUGCCAAAUGGUAUGACAAAUUUUUUUGUUAGAAAAUUAAUUAGGGUUAAUAAAUCACGACAAAGUUGAAGAGUGGGUGAUUAGCAGAUAUGGCUUUCCACUAACAAUGGAUUGUAUUAUUUUAAAUUGUAUUUGUAUUAUGUUCAACGACAUUGCAAUCUAUGGUGGUUCUUCAAUUUCAUGAAGUAAAUUGCUUUCUCAAAUAUCUUGAUUGUUGGGAAUAUCAAGAGAUUAUUGAACAUUUGUUCUUUCAUUGCCCUCUUGUCAUCAUGCUAUGGACUUUUAGUGGGAUUAAGUGAUUUGCUUGCUUCCACCCAAACUUCGAACUUUAGUAUAUGGUGGCGACAAUGUUAUGUUUUCAGUAAACUUCCAAACCCACAUUCUCCCAUGCGUUUGCCUUUUUUGGAGAAUCUGGAAAUCUCUUAACAAAGUGGUUUUUGAAUAUACUCAGCCACACGCCCAUUCUCUUGCCCGUCAAUUCCAUUUCCAAGUCAUUGUAUGUUCCUUAGCCUUUCAGCCCCCAGGACCUCUCUCUCAGUCUUGUGCCCUCUCAUCCUUCUGUUUUACAUCGCCCGCCUCCAGACUUUGUGAAGAUCAUCUUUGAUGCUGCUGUUUGUCGUUCCGGUUGCUCAUCUGGCCUCGUCAUACAUGGGACCGACGGGCAAGUUCUACUGGCCUGGGAUCUCAACACCAAGGAGUUUUCGAUCCCUUUCUAGCAAAGCACCUUGUUGCUAGGUGAUCCUGAAGUGGUGAUUCGGCAUCUGGACCGUAGAAUAGUGGAAGAUUCGAUAGGCGGCUCACUGCUCCAAGAGUGUCAUCGGCUCCUAGUUUCAUGCUCUCUUUGUAUAGUUUUUAGUGUGAUUCUGCGGACUGCCAACUGAGCUGCCCAUAGAGUGGCACCUAAAGCUCUGUUGCUGUCCUCUUUAGAGGUAGCGUCCUUUGAUUUUGUAGGAUGGCUUCACUAAGUGUUGCUUUGGGUGGGGUUUUGGGUAGAGGUUUCUAACUAUUUUUUCUCUUGUCAUUACUUGGGGGAAAAAUCCUAAUAUAAUAGUAAAAAUAUA